CUUUUUUCAGCUUUUUAGAUAGAAGACGAUGGUUUUUCCUAAUAAUCAGGAAUUACUCGUUGAUGGGUCGUCUUCUCAGUUGAGGAAAACAGGUGCAGGAGGUGGAGGCGGAGGAGGAAGAGGGAAGAUUGAGAUUAAAAGGAUCGAAAAUACGACAAAUCGACAAGUUACGUUCUGCAAACGUAGAAAUGGGCUAUUGAAAAAAGCUUAUGAACUUUCUGUUCUUUGUGAUGCUGAAGUUUCACUUAUUGUAUUUUCCAGCCGCGGCCGUCUCUAUGAAUAUGCCAAUAACAGUGUUAGGGCAACUAUUGAUAGGUACAAGAAACACCAUGCUGAUUCCACAAGUACUGGAUCUGUUUCUGAAGCUAACACUCAGUACUACCAGCAAGAAGCAUCCAAACUGCGACGACAAAUCCGAGAUAUACAAACUUAUAACAGGCAAAUAGUUGGAGAGGCUUUGGGCAGUUUAAGCCCUAGGGACCUCAAGAAUUUGGAAGGGAAACUUGAAAAGGCCAUUGGUAGAGUCCGUUCCAAGAAGAAUGAAUUGCUUUUCUCAGAAAUAGAGCUCAUGCAAAAGAGGGAGAUUGAGCUGCAGAACGCCAACAUGUAUCUACGAGCAAAGAUAGCAGAGGUAGAGAGAGCACAAGAGCAAAUGAACUUGAUGCCUGGAGGCGGCGGAGGAGGAGGAGGAUCUGAUCAAUACCAUCAUCAGCCAAAUUAUGAAGAUGCUCGCAAUAACUUCCUGCCUGUAAAUCUCCUGGAACCAAAUCCCCAUUACUCUCGUCGCGACGAUGGUGACCAAACUCCUCUCCAGCUUGUCUGAUAAUCAUGGAGCAGGUUUUCUGAAAUUUGGGGUCAAAGCUCUUCCUUCAUCUUCAGAAAUGUGUACUACAAUUUUUAACCUAUAGUGUUGUAAAUCAUAAUCAUAAUUAUUGCCACUGAGAUUUAAACUGUUUAUUUUCAAGCAAUAUUAUUCAGUAAUCUGUUAAUUAAGGAAUGAAAAAUCUUGUUUGUUAUAUUAUGACUACUUCUAUAUACUUUUACAGGCUUCUAUAAAUAAAAAAACUAUUGAACUAUA